UACGACUAUGCCACCUAAUUCUAGAAAUAAACAAAAAAAUUUAAAAAUAUUAAUUUAAUCAAGAUUUUUUUCUUAAUAAGUAAGCCAAAGAACACGUCUCGUAGUAUUACAGAAAUGUUUUUCAAUCUGUCACAAUUAAAAAAGAAAUAGUAUCAUACAUGGUAACGUAUCUCCAUUUAUUUUUUUAAUAUUAGACGUUUCUUAUUAAGAGAAAUCCUACUUUACAUUGAACUUUAAUUUGUGGUCCCUUGAUACCACAUUUUCCUAUAAAUCAAGUACACGCAACAGCAUCAACAACAACAGCCACAAAACUUUUUUCUUUCAUUCUCUAAAAAUAAUCUUUCUGGUGAGUAACGAAAAAAAAAAAAUGUGUCCGGCGGAGAACAAAUGGGUUAAGGUGGGUCAAAAAGGAGCUGGUCCUGGGGCUAGAAGCUCACAUGCCAUGACCGUCGUUGGUAACAAAGUUUACUGUUUUGGUGGUGAACUUAAGCCAACGAUCCAUAUUGACAACGAUCUUUACGUUUUCGAUCUUGAGACUCAAGAAUGGUCGAUAGCUCCUGCGACCGGAGAGGCUCCUUUCCCCUGUUUUGGUGUCUCAAUGGUCACGAUCGGUUCAACGAUCUAUGUCUACGGUGGCCGUGAUGAUAAACGGAGGUACAAUGGUCUUUAUUCGUAUGAAACUGAGACUAAUGAGUGGAAAUUGUUGUCUCCGGUUGAGGAAGGGCUUCCUGGUCGUAGCUAUCAUUCAAUGGCUGGUGAUGAUCGGAAAGUUUAUGUCUUUGGUGGUGUUACUGCUAAAGGACGUGUGAAUACGCUUCAUGCGUAUGAUGUUGUUGACCGGAAAUGGGUUGAGUAUCCGGCGGCUGGGGAAGCUUGUAAAGGCAGAGGAGCACCGGGACUUGUGGUUGUGGAAGGGAGAAUUUGGGUUUUGUUUGGGUUUGAUGGUAAUGAAUUGGGUGAUAUUCAUUGUUUUGAUUUGGCUAGUGAGCAAUGGAAAGCUGUGGAGACUACCGGGGAUGUACCGCCGGCGAGAAGCGUGUUUCCGGCGGUUUCUUAUGGGAAAUACAUUGUUAUUUAUGGUGGGGAGGAAGAGCCACAUGAGUUGAUGCACAUGGGAGCUGGGAAAUUGACUGGAGAGAUUUACAAGCUUGAUACAGAGACAUUAGUGUGGGAGAAGAUUGUGGAUGUGAACGAGGAGGAGAAGCCGAGUCCACGCGGGUGGUGCGCGUUUGCGGCUGCGGUUAAGGAUGGUGAGGAAGGUCUGUUGGUUCAUGGUGGUAAUAGUCCGACCAACGAGAGGCUUGAUGAUUUGGUGUUUUGGGGUUUCUCUCGUCUUAAUGUCAAUUAAUGAGUUGCUUUGUGUCUUUCGUUUGUAAACUGCUUAGUGUGUGUAUGUGUUGCUUUAAGGAGUUUAUGUGGUGAUGAUAUGUAACUGCUAAGUGUCUGAGCUAUGUGGUGACAAUUUGUUACCUAUUCCAAAUAUUUUAUUAAGUUUGGUUCCAAUUUGUUUUUAGUAAA